UGGGAAUUCAGGGACCUCUUUGGGAUCUCGUUCAGUGUGAUCACUUCAUCUAAAAAAAAACCUAACGUGUUCAAAAGGGACACAUCCAGACCAUAAAAGUAUUUUUCAAAAGAGUAGCACCGGCCAAUAUAUAACUGUUAAAGAAUUUGACGCAUUAGAACAAAUCAUCACAACGUUUAUGCCGUUUCUUCACGGUUGGCUCGCACAGCCAGUCAAGCUGGCUCGGGCACGAACGACACAUCUGGAGCACACGAAGAUUUCAAUUUCAGUCAUUAUUUCUACCGAUCUAAUAUACUUUAAAAGACGCCGUAGAAAUGGAGGCGUUGCACACCAAGGGUAUUUGGAUGGCUGAAUGUCUGCAGCAGCAGACAAAGAACAUAGAGCAGUUCUGGCUCACCGUCACUCACUUCGGAGAUCCUCAAGUAGGAUUUCUGUUCCUAUUCCCUUUAAGUUAUUUCGUGUCUAAUCGAUUGGGAGUUGCGGUGCUGUGGGUCUCGGCCCUGACGGAGUGGUUAAACCUGAUGCUUAAAUGGGUGCUGUUUGGAGAAAGGCCGUUCUGGUGGGUUGGCGAAUGUCAACUAUUUUUCAUCACAAAGCCCAGAAUUUUCCAGUUUCCAUGCACCUGUGAAACCGGCCCAGGCAGUCCGUCAGGACACGCGAUGGUGACUGCUGCAGUCUGGUGGGUUGUGGUGCCCCCUCUCAGCUCCUUUCUGCACUCCCGCACUCACCGUUGGGAGAUAUCAGCUGCUCCCUAUCUGAUUUACGGGCUGCUGGUGGGUUCAGUUGGACUAUCCAGGAUCUUUAUCCUUGCUCAUUUUCCUCACCAGGUUGUUACUGGAAUCAUUGCAGGCAUCUUUCUGGGGAUUUUUCUUGGCCGUAGAGUGCCAGAAGGGCGCCCCCUGUUGUUCUUCGUCAGCUUCAGUGCAGGAAUGCUGUUCAGUGCUCUGAUUCUGAAUGUUGGCCUGAAGCUGGUUGGCAUUGAUCUCCUCUGGACUGUCACUUUGGCGAAGAAAUGGUGCAGCCGUGCCGAGUGGGUCCGCUUGGACACAGUCCCGUUCUCCGCCCUGGCCCGGGACUGCGGGACCCUUGUUGGUCUGGGGCUGGCCCAGAACUGGAAUCAAAGCGGAUGGUGUACGUCGACGAAUCACCGCGCUCUGUCUCUGGCUGUUUCAUUCAUUGGGCUGUACCUCGUGUACAGCCUGCCGUUCCCUGGCAAAUCACAGGACCUCUUUUACUGCAUGGUCUUCGUCAAGUUCACCCUGGUGCCUCUGACUGUCAUGGCGGUCAGUCCUGUGCUGGUUCACUUUUUCAUACGCAAAAUGAAAAAGGAUUAGAGAGGCACUUCUUCACAUGAGUCCAAGUUGUCUCGAGUCUUUUACUCUUCUUACUUCUGAAGGUUCCAACUUUAAAUGAUGUUGUAUUUCAGAUAUAGUUCUCUGUUUAAUGGUGUUAAACAGAAACCAAAAAAAGAAUGCUGGUAUUUUUAUUUAUUUUUUGUUGUAAGUGACGUGAUCAAGAGUUUUUAUUUUUAGCCUGUCAAAAUAUUUUCGUCUUUGACAAUGCACUUUUGCCUCAUUCGUGGCGAUUGUGAGAGAACGUUCACGCUUUCCAAAUUUGUAUUCAAUGAUUUGUUGGUGUUCUAAGUGUUAAAAAACAAAAACCAGCUCUAUUGUGCGUGGGCCGACAUCAGGUUUCCACUGUUUUACAGCUCUUAAAAGUGAAAGUCAAAAAUUGCAAAUUGAACAAUUAUUCCCCCUGCUGCUAUGAUCCAGUAUGUUGUUUAUUACAGUUGCAAUAAUUUAUUUAGCAAAAAUAAAUUACUGCAUAAUUUAUUACGUAAUGAUAAUAGCGUAUGUAUGACACAUACAAACACACAAGCGUAUGUGUGCGUAAUAAAUACGCAUUAGCAAUUUUCCGGAGCCAAUUGUGGGACCUUUUUGUUUCUCUGUUUCUGGAACAAAAACAUAAAUAUUUUCAAAAGUAGCAUUGUUUCUUCUGCAGUGAGCUGCAACGGGAGGAGGAACUACCUUAUGCACUUUUUCUGGCAUCUCAUUAAAAGUAGUUCAAUUUGUAGGAAAUGUUUCAUGGAUAGUUCAAGACCAUUACAUUUGAAAACCUCAGUAUUCCUUAAUGUAGCUUACACUGGCCCAUGCACAUAAGGCGACUUAAAGUUGUGUCAAAUUGUUUAAAGUUGAAAGCACUUUCAUACACACCAGAUGUGUCAAACGUUAGAUUUCAAUCACUUUUUUUUUUUUUUUUUUUUUUAAAAACCCUAGUGGUCGAGAUAUCCGAGUCUGUGCCAUUUUAAACUGUAGUAUUUCAGUUGUUUACAAAAAUACAAAAACAAAAAUAUUUCACUGUGCAGUUCAACACCUGUUUUUUUUUUUUUUUUUAAUAAAUACUUCUUUCCGGACUAUUUAGUGAAAAUCCUUUAGAGAGCCAACUAAUAAACAUUCCUUGGCCGUCAAAUCCCUUCCUACAUACUCAAAGUAGCUAAUUAAUCCAGAUCCACAAAGUCUUAACACUAUUUUCUUGAUAGGAAGAUUUAUUUUUGAAUUGAGGAAACACUUGUCAAUGUUAUUCAAAUUUAUCAAGAUGUUCUAAUGUUUUUUAUUUUUGCUUCUACAAAUUAAAAAUUCUAUUUAAAGAUCCUUAAGAGGGUUGAGUCCAGAUUUUUUUUCUCCAGAGUAUGGAAAGAAAGAAUUGCUAACAUUGUUCAAAAAUCUCUGUUUCAUGUUGCGUUGGAUUAACAUCUUUUUUUUUUUUACCAUAUCUAUGCAAUUGACAAGUCAAAAAAUAAAUGACCGACAUGCAUAACGUGUUUCAGUUUAUAACCAUUUAUAAAUAUGUUUUUUUUUAAUACAUAGGUUGGACUGUACAUGUUACAAUCAGUUAUCAUGAGAUAAAAACACAUUCUUUUUUAACAUUUUUAAUGAAACUUUUUAUCACAGCGAUCUGAAAGCUCACAUUUACAGACAAGAGAACUCUGCUCAGCAAGCAAAUACGUUUAAAAACUAAAAUAAAGGAAAUCUUUUACUCGUUCUGGUGAGGCUGAAGGAGAAUGGAUGAGGACAGUUCGGGGACAGCAGCCGUCUCCUUAUCUUAAUUCCCGACACCGUAUCACACACUGCUAUACAUGUUUCUGCUGGAGCUUCAUGGAAAGAAUAGAACAUGCAUCGGACUAUUUACAGCAAACUAAUAUACACGUACAGCUCGAACUCGAACGCCCUUGGACUCCCGCAACCGAACAAGUCCUGUUUAAGUUAGGUAUGAUACAGUUUGACCUUCAUUUCUCUGGUAGCUGUUGAAACAGGAGACGAGGAGGAGGUCUCUCUGUCGAUCAUCUUUAUCUGACAUCACAAAGUAAAAAAGCUACAGACAAAAAAGCCUAUAACUUUUCUCAAAUAUAACAAGAACGUGACUAUUUUUGUUAUUCCACAUUACGAUGACUCCAAAUAUGGAGAUUCUGGAGAAAAUACCAAGCUUUAUUGUUAUUAUUAGUCUAUAAUUAUUCUAUUCUCUUUCAGCAGAUUUCUAUUAUUUCCAACAUUUGUGCAUUUAAGAAGCUGUUCUUACAUAGGCUUUUUUUGGGUUUUUAUUUUUUUGGAACAAGGUGAAACAUGAUUUGGCCUUUAAAACAAAACACAAAAAAAAACAAACAAACCCACAAAUCCGAGCCGGAUCGAGCGCAGUAUCUAAACCACUAUAUACAGCUUGUGCUAGAAAGUCUAUACAUCUUCGCCAGUUUUUAAAAACGUCGUUCUCUCCUCAUACCGUCACUCACCACCAAGCUGAAAAAUUAUACAGUAAUGGAAUCUCUGACAGUCUGGCCGCAUCGGACGCACACCCAUGCUCUCCAAAUUCACCAAGCGCAGCAACAACCCAAGUAGAUAAAAUAUAUAAAGUGCACCCUUAGUUCAAAAUGUAAGACGCAUUCAGAGGGCAGAACUGGCUGGGGGGAAAAAAUAAAUAAAAAAAUCAUGAAAAUAAAGUAGAAGAGGGAGAAAUGUUUACCAGGAGCUGGUGAGGAGGAGGGGUGGUGGGGAGAUGCAUUUGCUUGCUUGUAACCUUUGAGCACUAACCUGUCACUAUUUCGAAGGAGGGACAGAACCAAACUUCAAUUGUACUUUCAAUAUUACACUUCCAGUUAAUUACUCAUCGUUAACUUAGGCAAAACCGCUGUAUUGCAAUCAAAGCAGAUCUCUGUUCUGUAAUUCCAACAACUGGAGCCACUAAUUAAUAACGAAUAACCAACAUACUGCAGCCAAAUGGCUCUAUGGACAGUGGAUCUACAGUGACUCUUUAGAAAAGUCUGGUUUUUAAUUACGUUAAAAAAAUGUCUCUUUUCAAAACGUUUCUCUACUGAACAGAAAAAUAAGCUAAUCUGUUUGAAAAUAAUAAUAAUAAAAAAAAAACUAAAAUCAAUAAAUCCUGGUGGCAUAAGUGUGUUCAGCUUUAGACAAAUGCUUCCUUGGACUCUUCAAUUUCAGCAUUCAGUGUUAUUGAAAUUCACUACAACAAUCAAUUAUAUUGAAUUUGUUUAACAUUUGGAUCCUUUAGCUAAUCUAUAAAGGGAUCUCACUGUACAAAGGUAUCCCUAAACCUGGCAGAAAAAACUUAAACCGAGUAUCAUCUUGGGGAAACAACCAUCUAAAGGUAUUUACGUUUUACUCCAAAAUGGAAAACAAGGCAAGGGAAAACUUUUCAUUGGCAUUAAAGCAAAUAAAGUCUUUUUAUAAUUGCUCAGCAGCUUUUUGCAUGUUUCCACUGACAUUUUCAUGGUUUAUCUUUGGUGAUGAGUAAGGAAAGUUCUCUUUGCAAUCACCCUAAUACUUAGCUCAAUCCAUUAGAUUCAAGUUGGGAUUCUGGCCACUCCAAAAUGUUACUACUUCCAGUCUGAAAAAAAAGGUAAAAUCAAGAGAUGACUUUAAACAUUAAAGCCAGCAGCAAAACAUUGUAGAUUAAUGGGGGAAAAAAAA